AUGCCUCGGUAUGCGAAGUUCUUAAAGGAGAUUCUUAGCAACAAGAGGAAGUUUGAAGACUCGGCAUGCGUGACCUUAAACGAGGAAUAUUCAGCAAAUUUCCAGAACAAGUUAUUGGAAAAGCGAUAUGAUCUAGGGAGUUUUACUAUUCCUUGUGUUAUAAGUAACUUAUUUGUCAAUGAUGCCUUAGCUGAUUUAGGGGCUGGAAUUAAUGUAAUGUCGUAUAGCCUGUUCAUAAAAUUGGGGCUGUCAGAAACCAAACCUACUAGGAUGAGUAUACAAUUAGCUGAUAGGUCUGUUAACUAUCCUAGAGGUAUUGUAGAAAAUUUACUAGUAAAAGUAAAUAAAUCUAUAUUUCCUGUCAAUUUUAUGAUCUUAGACAUGGACGGUGAGAGUAGUGUACCCUUAAUUCUAGGAAGACAUUUUCUUGCAAUAUCUAGGGCAAUGAUAGAUGUUUGUGAUGGAAAGUUAAAACUUAGGAUAGGGGAUGAGACUGUCACCUUUGACUUGCAUAAUCCCAUAAGCUAG